ACCAUCGGGUUCGACAUUUUGAUGUAGUCUUUUAUGAGACCAAUGUAGGACUGCCAAAAUGGCAACAAAACUAUUAUUUUCUCUCGGAUCAAGAGCAGGUCAGUCCAACAAAGUCAUUGGUCAUGCUAUCAGACCAUUUUCAGUAUCUCAAAAUAGAAAUAAAUAUGUUAUUGUAUCAAGAAAAGAACCAGAGGUGACCUUUGAAGCUAUGACAAACAGAUUUGUUAUGUAUUCCUUUGCUCAGGAAAUUAUUGCAGGUAUGAGAACUGUGCUUGGAAUGCUGUUCAAGGAGCCAGCCACACUGAACUAUCCAUUUGAGAAAGGUCCUCUGAGUCCGAGAUUUCGAGGAGAGCACGCAUUGAGGAGGUACCCAUCAGGGGAGGAGAGGUGCAUCGCAUGUAAACUGUGUGAAGCUAUCUGUCCAGCUCAGGCCAUCACCAUCGAGGCAGAGACCCGAGCGGAUGGAAGCAGAAGGACUACGCGAUAUGAUAUUGACAUGACAAAGUGUAUUUACUGCGGAUUCUGUCAGGAGGCGUGUCCCGUGGAUGCUAUAGUAGAGGGCCCUAACUUUGAAUACUCUACUGAGACUCAUGAAGAACUUCUGUACAACAAAGAAAAACUACUGAGUAAUGGUGACAAAUGGGAGGUAGAAAUAGCAGCUAACCUGCAGGCAGACCACAUGUACAGAUGAAAGUGCCGAGAAAAAGACAGACUUAUUUAAUAAUUGAGAUCUGUGCAUGAGACGUGUAUAUACAGGCUUGUUGAAUGUCUUAUAAUGACUAAAUAACAUGAAUUUA